AUGGAAAGAGCCAGGCGGAGGGGAGGCGGCGGUGGCCGCGGCCGCGGCGGCAAGAAUGUAGGGGGCUCUGGCCUAAGCAAGAGUAGACUCUAUCCCCAGGCCCAGCACUCCCACUACCCCCACUACGCGGCUUCAGCCACCCCUAAUCAGGCUGGGGGCGCAGCCGAAAUCCAGGAGCUGGCCUCCAAACGAGUGGACAUCCAGAAAAAGAGGUUUUACCUAGACGUAAAGCAAAGCUCCCGGGGCCGGUUCCUAAAGAUAGCCGAAGUCUGGAUAGGGAGAGGCCGGCAGGACAAUAUCAGAAAGAGUAAACUGACUCUGUCCCUGUCUGUGGCAGCGGAGCUGAAGGACUGUCUAGGGGACUUCAUCGAGCAUUACGCCCACCUGGGCCUGAAAGGCCACCGGCAAGAGCAUGGCCACGGCAAAGAUCAAGCCUCCAGGAGGAGACAGAAGCACUCGGCACCCUCCCCACCUGUCUCUGUAGGGUCCGAAGAGCACCCUCAUAGUGUCCUCAAAACAGACUACAUAGAGAGGGACAAUAGGAAAUAUUAUCUAGACCUAAAGGAAAAUCAACGGGGUCGCUUCCUAAGAAUUAGACAAACCAUGAUGCGAGGGACUGGCAUGAUAGGUUAUUUUGGUCACAGUUUGGGCCAAGAACAGACUAUUGUGCUCCCCGCACAAGGAAUGAUUGAGUUUCGUGAUGCCUUGGUUCAGCUCAUUGAAGACUAUGGCGAAGGGGACAUAGAAGAACGAAGAGGUGAAGAUGAUGACCCACUUGAACUCCCAGAGGGGACUUCUUUCAGAGUGGACAAUAAAAGGUUCUACUUUGAUGUGGGCUCUAAUAAAUAUGGAAUUUUCCUGAAGCUCUCAAAUUUCCCUAAAUCCAGAGAGAAUAUCAACCCUUUUCACUGUUGUCAAAUCCAGCAUAAGGAACAGCCCUAUGACACUACAAAAACAGUUGAGGAAUAA